UUCGCUAAAAAUGGCUCAUGUCUCUAGUAAUAUCGCUCCGGCUGCGUCCGAGGCUACUGUUACCGAUGAUCCUGUAGGGCCCAGUCAAAUAUCCCAGUAUAAUCGCGACCCCAAGUCAUGCCAACCUCUCCUCAAUCUACUUUUUGAAAGCAUGAAUAAGCAUCCUGAUGGCAAGAAUUUCUUAACGCUACAUUGCCUGAGGAAACUUCUCUUUAGAUCGAGAGUCCAGAACUAUCUCCAAGAAUUCUUUGAUAACGCCAAUGGACCUGAUUAUCCCUCGCCAACCGAGAAUAUGGAAUACUACUUGGGGCUUAUCUGCGCUGAUGGCCAACCCGGUGCUAACUCAAUUACAACUGAUGGCAAGACAUAUAUCCGACUUUUCGCAUCACUGGUUUUGGCUGAACAAGCCACAUAUAUAUUUAAAUUGAUAGAUGAUGGUAUAUGCGACCAGAAUCUACCUAUCAUCAAGGGCCCCAAUGAUAACUGCUCGCUAUAUACCAGUAAGUGGAACAUACGAGAUAAGAUUGAAUUCAAUUCAUAUCAAUGGAGAAUGAAUGUUCCGUUUCUAGAACGCGGCAAACAUAAGGAAUUCUCGAACGAGGUUGUUAUGCCCUUUCUCGAUAAUACUUCGUCCAGGCCUAACAGUGACGCGCCCGAUCUCCCGGAGACGAGAGGGGGAUAUGGUGAAGUAUCUUCUGUCGAGACGAGAGGGGGAUAUGGUGAAGUAUCUUUUGUCGAGAUCCAUUCGAAGGCUCAUAACUUUUGCGACGAACCUUGCCCGCCCGUAUUUAAAAAACGUCUUUUCGCGCUCAAAAAGCUUUACGGAACUGCGAACUGUGAGCGAAACAAGAAAGAUUUCCAAAAGGAAGUAGAGAUGCUUAAAAGAUUUAGUGGUAAUAUACAUCCACAUAUUGUAACUGUCUUGAUGACUUACAAGCAUGAAAACCGUUACUGUUUUCUCUUCCCACGGGCGGAAUGCGACCUGGAUCAAUAUUUCCAACUGAAUACCAACCCAAAAGGAGAUGUCAAAACUGUUCGGUGGCUCGCUGGACAAUGCCUCAAGCUCACGGAGGCCGUUGACACAGUUCACAAUCCCCCGGGGCAGGGCUCCUUGCAGCCGAAUGAAAGGUUAUACGGCCGGCAUGGCGAUAUAAAGGCAGAGAAUAUACUUGUCUUUAGUGCCGAGGGUAAGGAGGACGUCCUCGUUCUUUCAGACUUUGGGCUUGGUUCUAUGCAUCACGACUGGAGUAAAUCUAACAUUCCAAACAAGAAUAUUACGUGGACUCCACCCUUUCGGCCGCCUGAGUGUGAUAUGGAAAACGGUUACAUAAGUAGGGCCUUCGAUAUCUGGACUCUCGGCUGCCUUUUCCUUGACCUGUUGACCUGGCUCCUCGGUGGCGAAGAGCUUAGAAAACAGUUCCUCGAAAAGCGUAUGACGCCAUAUAUUACCGGAUGCAAUAUGCCCAUCUACUUCGAAAUCAUAACGACAGAAAAUGGAAGAACCGGUAUUAUUAUAAAGGAGGAGGUGAAAGACUGGUUCGUCACAAUGCACCAUCAUCCUCACUGCACCCACUUCAUGCACGAAUUCUUGGACUUGAUCGAGAAGAAAAUGCUGAUCGUGGAGACAGAAGUCGACAAAAGAGCAAGAACGGGCGAAUUGCUCAAAGAUCUGAGGUUGUUUCAUGCCAAAUGCACCGGACCAGGUAAUAACGAAUACUGUUUCAACCAACAACCCGAUAAAGAUCGUCUAAGCAUUCGUCCCAUUAUUGCCGAAGGAUCAUUAAGUGAAGAUGCAAGGGACCGUAUCAGAAAGUCGAAGAUUUGCCUCAGGAGAUUCAGUGGUCCCACACAAAGGGCCGAGCAAAACUUGGAAGAAGGAGAUGAAUUGUUGAGGAACAUCCAAAUUCCUCGAAAUAUGCAGGGCUCGGUUCAAUCCAACGCUAAUCAACACGUAUGGCACACAUACUAGGUUAGUCGAUUUAACAUGGCCGUGUAGUUAAUCUACUCAUUAAGAAUGAUUUUUGGCGAGUGGAUUCUGAUGGAUAGAUUGAAUUGAUCAGAGCCCUGGAAUUAAUAUGUAAUACAACUAAGGGGAUAAAGGCGUGGGCAUUUAUUUAAAGUCUUUUUAUUAAAUUCAUCGAAUUAUUAUGG